GCUGCUAUACAAAAGUGGAAUCAUCUAAACGACAUUGUUUAACUUGCGAAUCAGAAACAAGAUCAAUUAUGAUUUAGUAUUUCAUCAAAAGGAGGCGGGAUAAAAAUAUUUAUAUAAUUUUUAUACUCUAGAGAAUGAAGCCUACAAUCAAACAAAUACCCUUAUAAUAUUUUUACUUUUUCAUUCAUUUAUGUGCUGUAAAAUUGAUCAGUUGUCAAAAGAUCAACAUCGGUUCAGCGAUCUACCAAGAUGAAGCUUUUAACACACAAUAUGCUAACCUCAAACAUAAUCAAGGGAGUCUCAAAAGGAUUUCCUUUAAAAAUCGUCGCAUCAAAGGUGGAAGAGAAGGAGGUUGACUUUGUUCCAGAGUUCACAGCCAGAAUGAUUCCUAAAAUUGAUUGGCCAGCAUUAAGACAAGCAGCUGCAGAUCUUGGAAAGCCAGACAACCUACCAGAGAAUGUAGUGGAAAAAUAUGAGGAAAACGAAGAGUUCUUGAAGAAAACCCACCAUGUACUAAUGGAGUUAGAGGUUUUGGAAGGUGAGCUUAUUUGUCCAGAGACGGGGAGGAAGUUCCCUGUAUCCAACGGCAUCCCGAAUAUGCUGUUACGGGAGGACGAAGUGUGACAUGGUUGUUUUGACUGCGUCUUGAUAAAGGGAUUGGUUUCACCUUGCUAGGAAGCUGUGCUCUUCUUUCUUAUGUGGUGAUGUACAAUGAUAAACAGACACUCUGCUGGAAUUAGCAGUUAGGAUUGACAUAGACAAAGUUAAAAAAAGAUCUUGAAAAAAAAAAAGCCUCAGUGAACAUGUGGUUGAAAUUAGCUUAAACCCAAAAGCUCAUUCAGUACUAGUGUUGCUAAUCUGGUGCAUUCAGGAUUGGAAUUUUAAAUGUGCCAAACAUAAACAAGAAUUAUUUUUAGUAUUGAAAGAGUAUUAAAAUAAGUUACUUAGUGUUCAACAUCUAUUGGCAGUGUCAUUGUUACGUUGCAGUUAUUGCAGGUCCAUUUACACUUAGUACAGUUUGUGUCAGAUAGCAAAACAAUGAUAUGAAUCCGAUAUUUGUUCGCACUGCUGCACAUGUUUGUAUUUUUUUGGAACUUUUGGACAAAAUGUUUGUUCUUUUGAAGAAUUCAUUGAUAUACACAGGUGUAUUCUUUUUAAGAACCUGACUUACUGUUAUAACUACUGUUGUACCUGAUUUUAAUGAUUUUGAAUAGAUUGUUAUGAUGAAUACUAUUAAAAGAUUUAUUAAUUAUGUUCAACAUGUGCAUAUACUUGCUCAUGUUAAUUUCAUUACUGUUUUAUUUCAUGCUUUGUGGUGUUCUGUUUAAAACUAUUAAAUGGUGGUUUAUAACAUGAUAAACUCACUGUUACUGUGAAAUUAUCAAAAUAUAAGUUCCUGGUUUCUGAACUUUAGCCUGUUUUACUGUGAAAAAAUGAAUGUAAACACACAGUUCUGGGAACAAUACCCAGUAUCAUAAUUUUGGUUAUGACAUCUUCAGUGUAAAAUUUGUUGCUUUUUUUUCAAAUAUGUGUCAAUUAAACAUUUAUCUAAAUGAUGAACAAGCAUGAAAUAAAAAGGUAUAAUUGCUCAUUUAGUUUCUGUGUAUGGUUGAAAUAUAUUUUACCUUGUAAACAGAACUAAACAUUUGGUGCCCACACACUGAAAGUCUUAAACUGAAACAAUUAUCCUGUAUAUAUUUCUAUUAGAAUUGGGAUAAAAAUUACCCUCAUUCAUUUCACACAUUAACAGUUUCAUCUUCUUGUAUUUGUAUAUUAUACAAUUAAAGAUGGUUAAACAUGCAUAUAUGUUAUCAACAAACGCAAAAUUAAAAGUAUUAAUUCAAAGGAAUGAACUUUCUUUAAUUGUUAUGAAAUUUCUUUAUAUGUUGUUGUGCAAAAUAUCAAUACCAUUACUCUGGUUGAAAUUAAAACAAGCCGAAAAGCCUGCAUUAGUAAAAAGCGCCCAAGGUUUUGCUCAAUUCUGGAUUUAUAUAGCAGUAGGGGUUUAGUUUGGUGUUGAAAAGGGACAGAUAUUGCACAUUGUGUUCGACUGUGAAGAACUACCAUAUAUACAGUUGUACUGCUCUAUAAAUUUGGAAAAAAAUGGUUAGAAAGGAUUGAAAAGGUUUCAAUUGCCAGAUGUAUUAAGUUAAUAUGUUUUUCUAAUGACAUAAGCUUUUAAACAAAACGAGAGAAAUAUUUGAUUAUCUAAAGCAUUCAAUUCUAAAAAGGAAGAAGGGAGCACAUGCUGGUAUUCGAGAGAGUGUAGGGGUUCAACCCCAUAAACAGCCAAGUGCUACACCCUCCUUAACCCUUUAGCUAAAACCCUAUAGCAGAGAUGUUUUAAAACAAGAGCUGUUGUAGGACAGCAUGCUCGACUAAACACUGUUUUGUCUUAGAAAUUACUACAAUAAAGAUGUAAUAUG